AUGGAUACUAUCUAUCAUGCUAGACUCGAAGCACUGCUUCAAGAUACUCCGAUUGUGGAUACCCAUAACGAUUUUGCAUGGCUGAUUCGUAUGAAUCUACAUAAUCAGAUAUACAAAUUUGGGUUCAACUUCAACUCUAAUAGAAUUGUUUCCCAUACAUCAAUCCCAAAGCUUCGUAAAGGUAGAGUUGGUAUCCAAUUUUCAUCGGGAUUUGUCGAAUGCAAGAACCCUGAUCAGUACUCUACUGAUUUUAACUUGAAAUCAAGCAUUGUUAGAGAUACCUUAGAAAUCUUUGACAUCACAAAGCGACUCUGUGCUGAUUAUCCGGAACAUCUUAAAUUUGUCAGAAGCUGUGAUGAAGCUAUUUCAACCUACCAUAACGGGAAGAUUGCUGUUCCUCUUGCUAUCGAAGGUCUACAUCAGAUUGAGGGAUCACUGAGUGUCUUGAGACAGUACUACGAAUUAGGUAUUAGAUAUGCUACGUUGAAUCAUAACUGCGAUAAUCCUUUCAGCACAGCUGCAUCCUCAAUUAUGGCCGGGUUGCCAGACCGCGGACUCUCGCCUUUGGGUGUUGAAUGUAUCAAAGAAAUGAAUAGGCUUGGGAUUAUGGUAGAUCUCUCACAUACCUCAUACAAAACGAUGCAUGAUGUUUUAAACGUGACACAAGCACCAGUCAUAUUUUCACACUCUUGUGCAUGGGCUUUGACCCAUCACGAACGUAAUAUCAGAGACGACGUGCUGUUGCGUGUCAAAGAAAGCGGUAGUGUCGUUCAAGUAUGUUUCUACGGACGAUUCUUGUCUCAGGACCCCAAGAACCCCGAGACCGCCUCAAUUGACGAUUUGGUCGAUCAUAUCUUCUAUAUUGCUUCUCUUAUCGGCUGGGAGCAUGUCGGAUUCGGUGGUGAUUACGAUGGUAUGGAGAAGGCUCCUGUAGGGCUUGAAGAUGUCUCCAAGUACCCUGAUGUUAUCUAUAAGUGUAUGGAAAGAGGUGCAUCUGAUGAAGACGUUAGAGGAUUAAUGGGUAAUAACCUUUUGCGAGUAUGGAAAUCAGUUGAGAUCAUAUCUGAAAUAAUCAAAAGCAAGAUGCUAAGAGGUAGGUGUAUCGAAGCUGAAUGGGAAGGAAGAGAAUGGGAGUAUUUUGAAUGUUUUAAAGACGUCAAUGAAGUUUUCCAAGGAAGUAAAGAACUGUAUUUUUCGGCACAUAAAUGGCUUCCUUCCAAUCAUUGA